CACGGGCAGUGAACCAGUCAGCAGCAGGUAAACAAACCCAUCUCCUGCAGGUCCAAACAAAGCGUCGCUCGACUCCGUUACAUUCGUAAUGGCGUGGAAGCUGCGGGGAGAGAAACGAAGACGUCGGCGGUCACCGAAAUAAAGGCUGUGAACAAACGCAGGAGCGACUCGACCAUAAAACAGUGUCAAGUAGAAGCGCAGCGACCGUCGACAUCUGCGCACGAUGCAGUGCAGCACUCUGGGGACAAUGUGUGUUUUCAGCCUCAGCACGAGAAGACCUUGUCCGGUCAGAGAUGUCGGUUGGGCGCUUUAGCUACAGUGUUGUAUAAUUCUUAUUUAUUAUUUGUUUUGUGCCGGAGUCAAAACGGCGUCCCCUGUGGCGAGGUGCAUCAUGGGGCCCGUCAUGCAGGAGCGCACAGCUGCUUCCGCCGCGCUCAAACGCGUAGUCUCUAAAGACAAGAUACGAGUGAAGAACACCGAAAACACCGGACCAGGAACCAGUUCCAAGAAAGGCAACAAGGUGAAGAAAGUGGUGGGGCAAAUGAAGAAUGGACUCCCAGGAGCGGGUCAGGAUAACGACACACCGGCCAAGAAGGCUGCACAGUUAAAAGGAAGCAGGGUCAAAUCUGGCACGACAAGGAAUACGAGCAAACUCUCCAGCCCUGAAGAGGACAGAGAUUCAAGACCACACCUUCGCAAGCACCAAUCCGUGCACAGAAAAGAAGAAAAACGAGAGAACCGGCGAGUGCCACAGUGCAGUAGUGAGCUGCAGCAGAGUCACGGGGCCAUGGGGAAAAACCGGCGAGCCCUCUCCUUGCCUCUUUCCCCAAUCACAGGGUUCCGACAGGUGCCAACACACCCCUUUACACAGUCUCCAGCACCUACUCCAGAGGCACUACAGCAGCACUACACCCAGAAAGAGGAGGACACGGACAGUGCCAGUGAUCUGUCAGACUCUGAGAGACUCCCUGUGCUGCCCUCCCCCUGCACUCCCUGCACGCCUCCUCAUCUCAACCUCAGAGCCGAGGUCAUCAACACCAACGACUUCCCUCCAGACAUCCCGGGACCUCGCGGCACUGCCGGCGAUGAAGAUGAGAUUGAGAAACCCAGCUACGUUUACCCAGACUUUCUGCCUCCUCCGUUUAACAGCUGGAGCCUGAGACAGUUGGCGGUGUUUCUUCACACUGAGGGUCGCGGCGCUCCUCGGCCGAAGCCAGUCGGGCCCCUGGAGAAGUACCUGGAGAGACUCCUGCAGCUGGAGUGGCUCCAGAUCCAAACGGUGCAUGCAGAGAGUAGCCGCCCACCGGGGAGCCGUCCAAGGCCGCAGGGCUUCCCUUCUGCCUCCGCCGCUUCCGCCGCCACCCACCCCCCCAGGCCUCACACAGCACCACCAUCCAGACUCAACUCACCUAAGGGGCUGCGGCAGAGUCAGCGAACUUUCCCCUUUACUCCUGUCAACAACCCUCCAUCACCAGCCUCUGCCCAGCACCAGCUGUCCCGCUUUCCGGUGUGCCCCCACUGUCACAUUCGCUACCCGUUGUGUAACGGGAGCUGCUCCGCUUAUGCAUACCAGUGUCACUCCCGGCUCAGCCCACUGAUUGAACGCAAGGCCAGACCUAGUGCAGGAACCAAGAGAAGCAGUAGUGAGACCCGAGCCGCUUCUUCGGAAGGUCAAACUGCAGGAGGAGGACAAGGUGGAGGUGCUCAGACUCCAGUUAGCCCGUCGGCAGGACGUCAUCUCAGGCACAUGCGGGCUGCGGGCAAUGCCCGUAAGCAAGCACAUGAGUCUGGAAGUGCCCCCAACAGAGGUCAGGUCAGGAAAAGCCGCGUCAGAGCCAACUCCGAGACAGAUGUUAAAAAGGAGCCUGGUGGCGUUAAAGCUGCCAGUGUGGAAAAACAUGUUUUUGCGAAAAGCAAGCGAGAUGUGGUCACCUCAAAGAGAGGAGAAAUGGACUGGCAGAGGACAGAAGCAGGAGGUCAGGUAGCUAAAACUGCCACGAAAAGAGCUGCUAAAGAGCCGAAGCAGUCUGUCUCCAAAGCUCCGCUGAGUACGAAGCAGAACGGAAAAAUGAAAAAUGUGCACUUUGUUGAAAAGUAAGUAACCGGCGAACACUGCAACGUGGCAGCAAAUUUUCAGAGCGGGUUUCAAUUCAUGUCAAAGUACUUUGCUGCGAUGGAUGGAUUCAGUCAAAGAAGCAAACUUUUCACACAAAUAAUCUAUGUGGAUAGUCUGUAAUUGCGUUGAAACUGAAUUUUUGAUGAAUUUGCACCCGCCACCCAAUCAGAAGCCAUCGAUGAAAACAGUAACGCACAAGGUGACAAAAGUAAACGGGUGUGAUGUCAUGAAAUCCUGCCGUAACUGUUCCAGAAACAGAUUCAUGAGUAUAGUUUGCACUUAGUUACAAGGCGAGACUAGUUAGUAGGGAUGUUCCGAUACCAGUCGGAGGAUCGAAUUGGAGCCGAUUCAGGCAUUUUCUGAAGGAUCUGUAUCAGGUUCUUUGCACCCCGUUAAAAUCCAGUCAUUUGUUGGUUUAAACCAGCAAUCACAAAUUGCUUGUUUCCUUUGUCUCUGCUCUGUCACACAGCAGUGACUGACCCGCAUCCAAAUGCAGUCAGGAAUCCCACUGUUUCAAUACGCUUCCAGUGUAAUUUAGCCACAAGUAAUGUUGAGCAGUUGUUUCUCCUCCGAGUGUUUUAGAAGCCACAUUAAACGUGCUUUGAAGAUACCGUGUCCUUGUACGUGUCCGAUAACACAGGCCAAAUUAAUUUCUCCAGAUCCUGAUUUACACAGAACAAAAGUCAAAAAAGCACACCUUUGGCAGCAUCACUGAAGGAAAAAAAAAUGCUGCUACACAAGGUUGAUAUUGUUUUAGCUAAAUCAAAUCUACAGCUCUUCAAGAAUCUGUAAAAUCUGACCUUUUUUGAAUUCCGACAGAGAAAAGCGCGCAAGUUCAGAAAUUUUGACUUUUAAUGAAUGUCAUUUGUGCAACUAUUUACUUGUAUUUUUAUGAUGGCCUUUGGACGCACACUCUUGAAAGACAUCAAAUAAAAAUUAAAUUUAAAAAAGUUACAGGGUUGUUUAAAAAUAUAAAAUUUAAAAUUGCUCUUUUCCCCACAUGAAAAAAGUCUCAAAUUUCGUGCCAUAUUCUCUUUUCUUAGCAGUUUCGUUAACUGAAUUCUAAGAGACAUUGAGUGACUUGUAUUCAUGAUGUAAUUUGUUUAGAGCUGACAGGCUGUAAAAAAUUGUUAGAAUAAUAUGGUAUUUUUGAAUUUAUAUUACAUUAUUAUAUUUUAUUUCUGAUUUACAGAGACAUUAGGUCACAUUUUUUCUGUUUUUUGUUUAAAGAAACUUGAUUAGUUAUUUAUUUGUUGUUAAAAAAAUGUAAUUUCUUUAGAGCUGACAGUUUAAAAAAAAAGAUACGGUUGUUUCUACUUAUGUUAGCCCUUUUUUUGAGUUUAUAUUACACGUUAUAUUUUAGCGACAGUCUACAGUUUUUUUUUAUAGUUUUUUAAAGAGGCUUGAUUAGUUAUUUGUUGUGAUAAUAAUAAAAAUCAUGUAAUUUGGCAGAAAGAUGCAAAUUGUUGUACUAUGAUUUAAUGAAUGCUUAUCAGUCUGUUGUGUGUAUUAAUAUAUGAACAUAUACCAGUAUUCACAUAUUCAUAUAUCAAUAUGCAAUCAGUUAGCACUUAAAAAGUAUAUUAGGCCUGGUAUUUUCAGAUACUAAAUAUUAGUUGACGGGGAAAAUGUUCUGGACAUCCCUACUGGAUUGUUAAAAAACAAAAAACAUAGGUUUAAGUAAUCAACAUGAAUUACCAAGACCCCUUGUAAGCUAGCUAAAACAGCAUGGUUGCUUUAUUAGCUGCCAAAGCAGGCUAGCUUGGCUAGUUGGCGUGUAACAAGCUUGUUUGCAAAUCAAUAACAUCUGUAUACGUGGUAUUAUCAGGGUGUUCCCAGACAUAUUUACCGUCACAGCUGCAGUGAUACGUAUUUACACAUACGGUAUAUAUGACGAUUAACACCACGAUGCAAUAGCCACGGUCAGACUUGCAAGAACUUGCUUCGUCACCAAACCUCCAGCUGCGUCCAUUUCACUUGAGUCGUGUGGCCGAAAUUCACUCUAAUUGUGUGUGAGCGCCGGUAGUGCUUUAUGUAGCGGUUACUUGGUACAGUAGCUUCAAACGAUAACUGCUUGCUGUAUAAUCUGUGCAUUACUAACAUGUAAUAACGCUUGCGUGACAGAAUGAGAUCGCGAGUUACGCCAUUCAAGAGGUCGACAAAGCAGCUAUCAUUUCAAAAAACUUUAAGAUGCUUUUUAAGAAAAUUCCUGACAAUGUGCAUUAUGUAAGAGUCAUUCCAAUCAUUAAUGGUGAUAUACAAAUACAGAACUCUUACCUACACUGAAGUUGUUUCUCCAUAUAUGCGAUUAAUGUUCAGCUAGCCAUCCAAUAUGCAUUGUCAGCUUCCAUCCUGCAGUUAAACACGGAGCAUUAAGACCAUAGUUGGGCUAACUAGUGUAGCUUUUUCUGUUGUUGUUGGAUUGUAGUAUUUGUUCACUGCUCUUAUUUCAAUUGAUGUUGCUUUUCCCCCCAUUGGUGCCUCGUUUUCACACGCGUUCAGUUCUAGCAGAAUAAGGAGUUGCAGUGCUGUAAUUUUGUUCUGACAUUCUUGUAAUUGUUUUCCUUUUUUUUUGGUUCCAAGGGCUUCUCAUGUUUAAAAAAGCUUGAAUUAUAGUCUACAACAUAUUGUAUUUUGCCUCGAGCUGAGCUCUUUUUACUCAUAAAAGAUGGUGUAAUGUUUGCUAUGAAUGUAAAAUGCAUAUUUUUCCAAAUUUUAUAUACCAUAAUUAUAUUUCUGUAAAAUUGUAGUGGAACUUGUAUUCAUCGUUGUUAUGUUUACACCAUCAUGCACAAAAAGAAAUGGAAAAAAUAAUGAAUGUAAUUUUUUUGUUGGAGCACCGUCAUGUUUCACAACAUACUUGGAGUGUUUAAAAUAGCGUUUACGUUGCAGUACUCUAUCGAUUUUUUUUGUGAUUUGCCAUGUUGACUUUGAUUUAUGGGAACUUCAUCUGUGUAAAAUUGUGAUUAUGUAUCCAGACUGCACAUCUUUCCUGAAUAAUCAUGUGAUGUGUCAAAGCCAUAGAUAAAGGAACACGCGUGCUGGUGAGAACAUACAUGUGUACAUUUUAUUGACCCGCACGCAGAGCAGUUGUGCUAUUUUCUCAGUGUUGAAUGCAGGUAUUUGUAAGGCAUAGAAAUAAAUGUUUUGCACUCA